GCACAUUCGGCCAAUUUAUGAUUUGCAAUUCGCCAACUUUAAGUCCUCCAAGAUUUUCUCAUUCCCAUUAUCACAUCAAGGCCUCAUCAUCUUUUUUUUUCAAACAUUCCUAAAUUCAAUCCUUUCUUCAAUUCUUCAUUACAGAAAUUCUCUAAUAAAACUAAAAAAUAUCCAGUGCCCAGUACUCAAGGAACCAUGACGGAGGUCAUCCACUCUUCAUCUGCUUCCCCCUCUUCUUCUCCUUCAUUGUAUCAGGCCAGGGAUUUAGUAGAUGAAGAAGAAGCCAAGGGGGGAAAUAAGGAGAAAGAUCAGCUAUCUUUAUUGGCCCUUUUAGUGGCUUUGUUCAGAAAGAGUUUCUGGAUGGCUUGCAAGACGGAGAGAGCGGAGCAUUGCUGUUCUGCUGCGGGUAUGGAGAUUGGAUGGCCUACUAAUGUGCGCCAUAUUUCCCAUGUUACCUUUGAUAGAUUCAAUGGAUUCCUUGGUUUGCCUGUUGAGUUUGAGCCAGAGGUUCCCAGGCGGUCCCCCAGUGCUAGUGCCACUGUUUUUGGAGUGUCAACGGAAUCAAUGCAAUUAUCAUUUGAUUCCAGAGGGAACAAUGUUCCGACUAUCCUUCUACUGAUGCAAAGGCAUCUAUAUGCUAAAGGGGGGCUCCAGACUGUAAGGAUCCUCUACCGGCUCAGACCUCAAACACCAACAGCCCUAAGGCAGGCUCACAUCCACCACCAAGGUUGCAGUUCAGGGGAGAUGAAGGGCAACAACCAUCUACACUCUCGUAUGGUACCCAAACCCCCAGCCUCGCCCAGAGAACCCAACGGAGAACAACCCACCCAAACAACCUGACCAGAGUGAAGCCCAACAAAGGGUCCCCAAAGGUCACCGGAGGCUGACCGGAGCACAGCACACAGGUGAUUCAGACUCUCUCUCACUCUAGGAAAGGGGCAACGCACUGAGUGUCUCAUCGUGUAGAGAGAAAGAGGAGAGGAUCAAAUAGGAGGUUCUGGAGACAUCCAGACAAAUAUAUCAAGGGGCCACAGGGUCACGGGCUGGAUACAAAACAAAGUGGGCGGAUGGGCUGAGUCAGGCUGACAGCUCAAAUGGGCCAGAUCAUUUAAUAGGAGACCAAACUAUUAAAUAGAGGUGGACCAAGGAUGACACGGGAAUGGAUCAAGCCAAGAGAGGUGGGCCAAUACCAUCAACAAUCUCCACCUUAUUGGUCCCCUUGGUGGUGUAGAGCACAAAUGUGAAAGGGAGUAUCAUCAUCGCCGGUUUUUCUUGUUUUAAUCUGUUCUUAUCAGCCACAAUCUAAAUUAAGAAUACGUUUACAAGAAAACAGUUUUUCAAAAGUGAGACAUUUAGUCCCCAUAUCAGCAGGGUUGAAUUCAGAAGCUAUUUUGCAUAGCUUCACCCCUCCUUUGUCAACAAUGUCCCUGAUGAAGUGGAACCUGACAUCAAUGUGCUUGGUCCUGUCAUGAAAUACUGGGUUUUUGCAUAAUUGUAUAGCAGACUGGCUGUCAGAGUACACAGUUACAACCUGUCUAAGAAAACCAAUUUCAGAUAGAAUACGUUUCAGCCAGAUAGCCUCUUUAAAGGCCUCAGUUGCUGCAACGUAUUCAGAUUCAGUAGUAGAAAGUGCAACAAUAGGCUGAAGUUGGGAUUUCCAACUUAUGCAAGAACCACACAAAGUAAAAAUAUAAGAAGUAGUAGACUUCCUAUUAUCCCUAUCAUUUGCAUAAUUGGAAUCAACAUAGCCAGUAAGACAAAUACCAGAAUCAGAUUUAGAAAACACAAGACCAUGAGAGGUGGUACCCUUAAGGUACCUAAGCAACCAUUUCAGGGCAUUCCAAUGAGGCAUCCCAGGGUUGGCCAUAUAUCUGCUUAAGCAGCUGACUGCAUAGGCAAUAUCAGGCCUGGUGCUUACCAUGAGAUACAUAACCGACCCUAUUGCAUUGGAAUAGGGUACAGACUUCAUCAUAUCGGUUUCAGGGCCAGUCUUAGGAGACUGAUCCUUACUUAGGACAAAAUGAGGAGCUAGAGGCACAUUAACAGGUAGGGCAGAAUUCAUGUUAAAUUUUUUCAGAACCUUAUCAAGGUAGGAGACCUGAUUAAGGGUAAGGGUACAUCUACUCCUAUCCCUAAUGAUAUCAAUCCCUAAGAUUCUCUUAGCAUCUCCUAGGUCCUUCAUAGCAAAAUUCUCACAUAGACACUUUUGAACAUUCUUAAUUGCAUUCACUGAGGGGCUAAUAAUGAGCAUAUCAUCCACAUAGAUCAACAAGAAAACAAGUACAGAGUCAGUAUUCUUAAAAUACAUGCAAGGGUCAGAAUCAGACCUUUUGAAACUCAAGGAAGUCAUGCAUUUGUCAAAUUUAAUGUUCCACUGUCUAGGUGAUUGUUUUAGGCCAUAGAGGGCCUUCCUAAGCAGACAGACAUGUCUAGGGUACUUAGGGUCAACAAAACCCUCAGGUUGGGUCAUAAAAAUCUGCUUAUCAAGUUCACCAUGCAAAAAGGCAGUGGUAACAUCCAUCUGCUUCAUUUCCCAGUCAUUAUGGGCAACUAGAGCAAGCAUCAACCUAAUUGUAGUAAACUUCACUACAGGAGCAAAAAUUUCAGCAUAAUCUACCCCUUCUUUUUGAGUGAAACCUUUGGCAACUAACCUAGCCUUAAACCUAAUAUCAUUAGGUUCCUCCUUAACUUUGAAAAGCCAUUUGCACUCAACAACAGAACAAUUAGGAGCCCUAGGGACUAGGGUCCAAGUUUUAUUCAACUUAAGGGAAUCUAUUUCACUUCGCAUAGCACUAAGCCAAUUUUUAGAUUCUUUAGAGGCAAGGGCUUCCUGAUAGGUUUUAGGUUCAUUCAAAUCAAGAGUUUCAAAAACAGAGAAGGCAAACAAGGAAGUAUCAUAGAGAUGAAAAGCAUAAUCAGUCAUGCUAUCAGAAAUUUUCCUUAUAUUUCUCCUAACUCUAUCUCUAGCCAGUUGAUAUCCUUCUAGACCUUGAUCCUCAAUAUCAUGAGAGUUAUCAACAGACUCAUUUUCAGUAAACACUUCAUGCAUAGUCUCACUAUUGUUUGAAUCAGUGUGCUGCUCCACCUCACUGUGGGUAGAGUGGGCAUCAUGCAUAGUGUUGGUAAGGUCAGAAUUAUCUUGAGGCUCAGAUUCAUUAAACAGAGGGGUGGGAGCAGGUCGGAUAGGCUCCACCUCACUUGGAGGGGUGCCAUCAGGUUCAGUUUGAUGGUCAGUCACAGUCUUAACUAAGCAGGGAAAAUCAAUUUCAUUGAACACAACAUUUCUGCUUAUAAUGACUUUAAAACCAGGUUGAUUUCUAUCCCAUACCCUAUAGCCUUUUACACCUUCAGGGUAACCUAGGAAAACACACUUUUUAGACCUAGGAUCAAGUUUGUCAGUUUGUUGGUGCACAAAGGCAGCACACCCAAAAACUUUUAAGUUUGACAGAUCAAUGGGCUUUCUAGAGAAAACAGAUUCAGGGGUUUUACCCCCUAAAGGCACAGAAGGGGAUCUAUUGAUUAAAUAGACAGCAGUGUUCACAGCUUCUCCCCAAAACUUCUUGGGGAGACCAGAAGUAGCAAGCAUACUUCUAACCUUAUCAAGGAGGGUCCUAUUCAUUCUCUCAGCCAAACCAUUUUGCUGGGGAGUAUAGGGCACAGUUUUGUGUCUCCUAAUCCCAUUUUCAAUACACAACUUAUCCAUGUCAUUAUUGCAAAAUUCUAAGCCAUUGUCAGUUCUAAGGGUUUUAACCUUACAUCCAGUUUGGUUUUCUAUCAUAAUUUUCCAUUCUUUAAACUUAAUGUACACAUCAGAUUUAUGUUCUAACAAACAAACCCAGACUUUUCUAGAAAAGUCAUCAAUUAUAGACAAGAAAUACCUCCUACCCCCAUGGGUAGGGACACUGGAAGGACCCCACACAUCAGCAUGUAUGUAGUCAAGGACAGUUUUGGACUUAGGUUCACUAGGAUAGCUAGAGACAGGAAAUUGAACCCUAUGUUGUUUACCUAGAACACAACCUUCACAGAAUGGUAUAGGUGACACCAAGUCAGUUCCAAAACACCCAUUUUUAUGCAAAAUGUUUAAUCCUUUAUUACUCAUAUGACCAAGUCGUUGGUGCCAAAGCACAGACUUGUCAUUAAGUACAACAUUAGCAUUUUCAGAAAAAGGUUUAGCAUGGACAACAUACAGAUUGUUCUGUUUCAAAGCUUUGAACAAAACAAGGGAGUUUUUUAAGAUUUUCAUACACCCAUUUCCCCAUUUACCCUCAAGACCACCUUCUUCAAAAGCAGAUACUGAAAACAGGUUGUGUCUUAAAUCAGGUACAUGUCUAACAUUUUUUAUUUGAAAGACAGUUCCAUUUUCAAAUUUUAGACAGAUGUCACCAAUACCAAGGACCUUACACCUUUUACUAUCAGCUAAGGAAACAAAACCAGUGUCACAUAAGCUAUAGGAUGAAAACAGAUUUCUAAAAGGAGUCAUAUGGUAGGUACAACCUGAGUCUAUUAACCAUUCAGUUUCAGUCAAACUACUAAGCACAGAAUUGGCUUCAUCACAGACCAUAAAGACAUCAUCUUCUACAUCCUUAUUGGUCACAACAUUAGCCUGGUCAUUCUUUUUAGGUUGGGUACAGUCUUUUAUGUAAUGUCCUGGGUUACCACAGUUGUAACAAACCCUUUUUCUAGACUUAAACCUCUUCUUUCCAGUUUGCUUAUUUCCUUUGUCAUGAUUAUCCUUCUUAGGAUGCCUAGACCUGCUUUUAGACCUUCCUCUAACAAGCAGAGCUUCCCCAGAUUCCCUAUGAUGACUUCUAGAAUGUUUUAAGUCCAAUUCUUUACUUCUCAGACCAUUAAUAACAAUAUCUAGGGUAAUAUCAUCCCUCCCAUACUUAAUGGCUGACUUAACAUCAUUAUAGGAAUCAGGUAUGGCAUUUAGCAAAACUAUUGCAGUGUAAUCAUCUAUAUGUUUAUCCCCAGCCUGCUUAAUGUUUUGGAUUAGUUUAUUAAAAACAUCAAGGUUUUCAUCAAUAUCUUUUGUUAGGUCAAGUCUGAACCUAAAAAACUUUUCCAACAAAAACAGUUUACCAGGGAGGGAAGUAUCCGUAUAUAGAGAUUCUAAUUUAUCCCAGAGGGCCUUAGCAGACUCAAUGACUCCAACCUUUCUAAGGACAGAGUCAGACAGGUUUAAGUAUAUUGUUGAACAGGCUGUCUCAUUCAUCUCAACUUGUUUAGGUUUAUCCUCAGUUUCUAAGUAUUGAUUAGUAACAGCUCUGAACACUUUUUGUUGAAUUAACACACAUUUAAUCUUUUGUUUCCAUAUAUCAAAGUCAGUUUUACCAUUAAAAGGCAUCAUUCCAUAUAGGUUAGAAGCCAUGGUAACAGAUUACACUCAACAACUGAAAUUCAGGUAAUAUAAAAGCUUAACCCUAGAGGAUCAGGCUGCGGACUAAGAGACCACGCAGUUCCGGGGCCACUGAAGUGGCUGGCAGGGUAUCCCUUAGCCCUAACCUCAGGUGCCUUAGCCAACUAGGGGUUCAAAGCUACACAAUUACCAGAACUCAGACUAGAGAGUAGAGCCAAACAGACUGAGCAGAGAUUAAACAGUCAAUACAACAGUAAAGAGCAGAGUACAAUAAUGCUAGGAAGAGUUCAGAGGUAAACACACAAGGGUGGCAGAUCAAUGACUAAGACACACAAAGAGUCAGAUUAAUAUGCCAAUCAGAAUCCACAGAUAAUCAGUGGCCAAGUUCGACACAGAUUGGUCCACUCAUGCACAACCGAAUUACACCUAGGGUUUCUACAGAUCUGUGCUAACAGAUACUGUACAUGCAAGGGUUGUUCUAGGGUUUCUACUCGGCAGAUUUAUAACCUAGGGUUACAAGUCCACCCAUGCAACACAGAGGCCGGUGGCACUCCGGCAGCCCAGAGGUUAGGGUUUCAGACUUAUACCUGAGCGGGUGUCACUGAAACGACACCCGACUUACCAAUCUCCGACGGAGCACCUGGCGUUACCGGUUUGGAUGGUCCCUGUCUCCGGCGAGUUCCCGGCGUCAGUGAGAGGCGGCGUCCAAGCUCUGAUACCACUGUAAGGAUCCUCUACCGGCUCAGACCUCAAACACCAACAGCCCUAAGGCAGGCUCACAUCCACCACCAAGGUUGCAGUUCAGGGGAGAUGAAGGGCAACAACCAUCUACACUCUCGUAUGGUACCCAAACCCCCAGCCUCGCCCAGAGAACCCAACGGAGAACAACCCACCCAAACAACCUGACCAGAGUGAAGCCCAACAAAGGGUCCCCAAAGGUCACCGGAGGCUGACCGGAGCACAGCACACAGGUGAUUCAGACUCUCUCUCACUCUAGGAAAGGGGCAACGCACUGAGUGUCUCAUCGUGUAGAGAGAAAGAGGAGAGGAUCAAAUAGGAGGUUCUGGAGACAUCCAGACAAAUAUAUCAAGGGGCCACAGGGUCACGGGCUGGAUACAAAACAAAGUGGGCGGAUGGGCUGAGUCAGGCUGACAGCUCAAAUGGGCCAGAUCAUUUAAUAGGAGACCAAACUAUUAAAUAGAGGUGGACCAAGGAUGACACGGGAAUGGAUCAAGCCAAGAGAGGUGGGCCAAUACCAUCAACACAGACAGAAGGGAUUUUCAGAAUAAAUCCAGAGGAGAGGCAGGAGGAAUAUGCAAGAGAGCAAUUAAACAGGGGAGUAGUUCCUGAUGGCAUUUGUGUACACUGUUUGGCAGGCCUUAUUAAGGCUUGGUUCCGUGAACUUCCAAGCGGAGUGUUAGAUUCUCUACCUCAGGAGCAGGUAAUCCAAUGCCAGACGGAAGAGGAGUGUAGUGCAUUGGUGAGACUUCUACCGUCCACAGAAGCUUCUCUGCUGGACUGGGCCAUCAACUUGAUGGCUGAUGUUGUCCAGGAAGAAUUCCAUAAUAAGAUGAAUGCACGCAAUAUAGCAAUGGUCUUUGCUCCUAACAUGACACAGAUGGGGGAUCCAUUGACAGCACUAAUGUACGCAGUCCAGGUGAUGAACUUCUUGCGAACACUUAUUGAGAAGAAACUACGAGAAAGAAAAGAUUCUCUGGCAAAAACAGCCCCGACUUCCAGCAUAGAGCCCUCGGGUGAAAAUGGUCCC